CAAAUUCGAAGGAACCCUAAUUUCCCGAUCUGCAUAUUUUUUCCGGUUGAUCAAACAAGAGAAUUCCGAUUAUAAGUGAUCGAGAUGGGUAAUACAGAUAAGCUGAUGAACCAAAUAUUUGAUUUGAAAUUCACGUCAAAGUCUCUGCAGAGGCAAGCUAGGAAGUGCGAAAAAGAGGAGAAGUCGGAGAAGCUCAAGGUCAAGAAAGCCAUUGAGAAAGGGAACAUGGAUGGUGCUCGGAUCUAUGCCGAGAACGCCAUUCGCAAGCGCAGUGAGCAGAUGAACUACCUUCGUCUCUCUUCUCGAUUGGACGCUGUUGUAGCCCGGCUCGAUACCCAGGCUAAGAUGGCUACCAUCACCAAAUCGAUGACUAACAUUGUCAAAUCCCUUGAAUCGACUCUUGCCACUGGCAACUUACAGAAGAUGUCAGAGACUAUGGAUUCGUUUGAGAAACAGUUUGUGAACAUGGAAGUCCAAGCUGAGUUUAUGGAUAAUGCAAUGGCUGGUUCUACUUCAUUGUCGACUCCAGAAGGAGAAGUCAACAGCUUGAUGCAGCAAGUAGCAGAUGAUUACGGUCUUGAAGUUUCUGUUGGACUGCCUCAGCCUGCUGGUCAUGCCAUUCCUACCAAGACUGAAGAGAAAGUUGAGGAGGAUGAUUUAUCUAGGAGACUUGCCGAGCUUAAAGCCAGAGGAUAAUUAACUAACCUAGCAAAAAAGUGUGUUUGGAAUAUACUUUUAUUGAGAUG